CCUUUCCCUUCUGACCCUCGCCUUCACCACCACCACCACCACCUCCACCACUCCACCCUGACUUUCUCUUAUCGGACCAGCAGCACUUCAGAGCAACGCCUGGUCUUAACUGAAGCUCUUUCACCUCGCUCGCUCACCUGGAGGGACAGAGAUCACCCGCGCCGAAAUACAGCCAGUUUGAAGCUGAAGGAGUUUCGAACAUGGAGGCGACCGUAGAGUCUCGCUGGGCGUCGUCGUCACUGAUGCCGAGCGAGGUUCUGCCCACUUACCCGUCUGACGCCAGUUUUGUGUCUCACGCCGAAGACGACUCGACUUUCUCCAGCAUCGAGGCUGAAUGUGGCGGCCUGCCUUCUCUGUUCUCUAACGCCGUCCAGAGCCGCGGCACGCCGACAUACAGACAGAGCCCUGUGCGACAGGUUUACUCCUCUCCUUUUCUAAGUGGCCUGUCCUGGCUGGAAGGCUCCGGCACUCACUCCCUGUCUAGCUCGUACCCGUCGUCCCCUUCCGCCUGGCAUGGCGGUACGUUCAGCAGGACCCCGGUGCUCCCCCACAGCUCCUCCGCCUCCUCUCCUUUCCAUUCAUCCAUCCCUCUGUCCUCCAUCAGAGCCCCUCGCUCCGAGCUCCACCCACCCGGCCUGGACUGCAAGGAUGGUGUGAAAGGCGAGAGGGUCAGUCCUGCGGCGGGCACUGAGGGUGUGGGGGGAGUUUACACCAUCAACCACGUCGCCGGCAUGUAUCCGCACGAUCACGGGUCGCCGCAGGCGCACACACACACUCACACACAUUCUCUAGGACACUACGGCUCCUACGGCAGCCCAGCUCAGGACUUCGGCGGCGUUGGUCUCUACUCGCCCUCUUCGUUCUCUCCGAAACUACGAGGCAAGAUGACUCUCUCUCCCACGGAAACGCGGGAGUGUGUGAACUGCGGAGCCACCGCGACCCCUCUCUGGAGACGUGAUGGUACGGGCCACUACCUCUGCAAUGCCUGCGGACUGUACCACAAGAUGAACGGACAAAACAGACCUCUGAUCCGGCCCAGAAAGAGACUGGUUGUGAGUAAGAGGGCAGGGACGCAGUGUGCCAACUGCCAGACGAGCACCACCACGCUGUGGAGACGUAACGCCAGCGGGGAGCCCGUCUGCAACGCUUGUGGGCUUUACUUUAAACUUCACAAUGUGAACAGACCCCUGACCAUGAAGAAGGACGGAAUUCAGACGCGUAACAGGAAGGUGUCGAGUAAGAGCAGGAAGGGGAGGAGGAACGCCGCUAUGGAGCUCGAGACGUUCUCGGAACCCUUGAAGGCGUCGGGGUCUGAGCAACCCAUCGACGCUUUUUCUCUGGGCGCCUAUGGACAUGGCGUCCACCCCGCGGGCGCCGGCGCUACGCUCCACGCCCCGUCUCACCUUUCCUACCCGUACCACCCUGCUGCUGCGGCGCUCUUUUCCGGCAUGGUGUAACAGAACGAAAAACGGACUCUCCUGGUGUACACACUUGCACAAAGUGAAUUCGAUUGUUUCCGAGAAUUUCCUUUUUUUUUUUUCCUUUUUAAAUAUCAUGUAUUGAGUUUCAUAUUCAUUUACGUGUGGAGAGAAAUGUGAGAAAAUAACAGUGUAUUUUAUUCAUAUAUGUACGUUAUUGUAAAGCAAUUUCUUUGCUAUAACUUUUGGUCUUACUGAUGCUGGUCACUGGCUAUACCUUGUGGUGGUGUGAAUAAAUUGUACAAAUGAA